AUGCGCCUCACUCGUACGCUCGUCUCCAUCUGUAGGAAUCAGCUAUGCGGCGGAUUUGUCCAAAAUAAACGGUCAUUGCCGUGGAUGCAACCGCAGAUGUACAGCCUGCACUUGGCAACGAAACGCACCGGCAUCGCUGACGAGUGCUGUGAGAAGCGAUGCUCUUUCAACUACCUUAAAACGUAUUGCUGUACCACCUAG